AUGAACGUCGCGAAUGACUCGGCGCGUGUGCAGCCUUCCAUCGACGCGUCCUUGGUGAUGCUGGAACAUGGUGAAGCAAUGAACGUUCAACUCAAAACUGUCCUUCCACAGCCCACAAUGGAUGCCACUUCCGAGCGGGCCAGCUCCCCCAAUAAUGUGAACGAUCUGUUUGAUUACGACGUGGGACUGGAUGAGAUCUUUCAAGGCCAAGAGAACCCCGCGUCUAACGCCGAUGCGCCUAAGCCAGCAACGGGAGAUCCUACUUCACUAGGCCUGGGGCUGGACGAGGAAGUCAAAAUCACGAAGAAACGACAGCCGGUAGCGAAACUGGACGAGGCCCGCCUGCUGUCACAGCCGGGCAUCCCCAAGCUACGUCGCGCAGCAAAGCAGAAACUCAGACUCAAAGGGAAAGGGCACGAGUUCUCGGACGCCGCCCGCCUGCUGAACUUCUACCAGCUAUGGCUCGAUGAUCUAUUCCCGCGCGCCAAAUUCGCAGACGGCUUAACAAUGAUUGAGAAACUUGGUCACACCAAGCGGAUCCAAACAAUGAGGCGGGAGUGGAUCGACGAGGAGAAACCGCGGCGAUUCGAUGAGUCGCGCGACGUGCCAGCCACCCACGAUCUUCCCACCAGGCUUUCCUCCGAUCAAAAUGGCAUGCACGCGUCAGAGCCCCGAUCUUCAACCCCAUCUCGACCGCAGGAGGGGACAUCAGGGACUGCAGACCAAGACCUCUUCAUGCCAGAUUCCGAAGCAGAGACCAGACCCCCAGUCAGUCAUCCCGAACCCGAUGACGAUGAUCUCGAAGACCUUCUCCGAGAACAAGACGAAGUCAUGUCUGGAAUACCCGAGCCGCCCUCGCGAGCACCAAAUGGUAGCCUGGAUGACUUUGACGCCGAAUACGAAGCGAUGAAUGAACUCGGCCUAUAG